CGCAGGUUUCAUGGCCCCUCCAGUGGUUUCCAAUUCUCAAGCUCCCCAACUUUCUGGAGGUCUUGGAGAUCUGUUUGAUUUAGGUGGAUCUGUUGUUUCCGCUGGAUCGUAUGUUUCUCCCAAAUCGGUAUGGCUGCAUGCAAUGAAAGGGAAAGGCCUGGAAAUCAGCGGCACAUUUGCUCGGAGAUCUGGUGCAGUUUUCAUGGAUUUGUUAUUCACCAAUAGAGCUCUUCAGGUCAUGAGCGACUUUGCCAUUCAGUUCAAUCGCAACAGCUUUGGAUUAGCUCCUGCUGCUCCUCUACAGAUACUUACUCCCCUGGCCCCCAACCAGUCUACAGAGGUAUCACUGCCAUUGAACACAGUUGGGUCUGUUAUGAAAAUGGAGCCGCUUAACAAUCUGCAGGUUGCUGUGAAGAACAAUAUUGAUGUAUUUUUACUUCAGUAUUUUGUAUCCUGUGCACAUCCUGUUUGUAGAAGAUGGAAAGAUGGAGCGACAGAUGUUUUUGGCUACAUGGAAGGACAUUCCCAAUGAGAAUGAAGCACAGUUUCAGAUCAAAGAAUGUCCUCCUAGCUCAGAUGCUGUAAGUAACAAACUGCAAGCCAGUAAUAUCUUCACUGUUGCCCGACGCACAGUUGAGGGGCAGGAUAUGCUGUACCAGUCCAUAAAGCUUACUAAUGGCAUCUGGGUGCUAGCAGAAUUGAGAUGCAACCUGGGGGCUCCAACU